AUGGACCUGAAGAAGGAGCUGCUGACCGUCUUCUACCGCUGCUCCAUUGAAAGUCAUGGACACGCACUCUCAGCACCGCACAGCAUCUUCAUCAUCUUCAUCAUGGUCACCUGGACCGGUCUGCUCUUCAUUCUCUGUGGCACCCUGACCUCUGCCCUCUGCUGUGAUUGGCUCACACACUACAAAGCACCGAUGGAAGAAGCCCGAGGCUUCCUCACUCGCAUGGGCGAUCAGCUGACUGAACAGCACUCUUCAGUUCAUCCGGUUCGAUUCCCAAAACAUCUCUACAAGCAAAUAAAAAACUCUGAGGUGGACUCAAAGCUGGUUUUCAUCAGAGACAGUCUGCAGCUUAUUUUCUGUCUGUAUCGCCAUGACAACCUGUCAGCCGCUCCCUGGGGCGCCGACAAGACGGAGGGCUUCCUGACGGUCAUCCACAGACAGAUCAUGGAACUGAGCGCGUGUGUUUCGACCAACAGUCCAGCCAACAGCAGACUGAGGAGCUACUACAGGACUCUGGCCAACAGUACUCUGUCUUGCUCUGGCUGCAGUACUGCGUCAUGGCAGCUGCUCAGGAAGGAAACCAAACUGCGCCUGGAACAGCUGGAGCUGCUCGUGGCCUCCAUCAGAGUUCCUGCUGCUGCCAGCAGGAGGCGCUCUGCAGCAACGCAACAGCAACGCAACACUGACACAAUAUCUGAAGACUGUCUCUGA